AUGUCAAUGGCUGCUUCAGCUUCUUCACAUGGCUGUAUCUCCGCAAUCGCCACGUGUAUCCCAUGCACCUCUUCCAAAUUCUCUUCUCAGUGUUCGUUGACACUGUCUCCAACCCAGAGAGCCUCGACCAGAAGAUGCAUCCGUGUGUGCAGAGCCAUGGUUCAGCAAGCUGUUCAGGGUGCCCCUGCAGCAUACGCCAAGGAAAUGGAACGCCUUUCCGCCAAAGAAUCGCUUCUUCUGGCUUUUAAAGAUGCAGGGGGCUUUGAGGCCUUAGUCUCUGGGAAGACUACUGAAUGGCAAAAGAUUGACGUGAAUGAAAGGAUAACUGGUCUUGAGCGGCUCAAUCCAACACCUCGCCCCACCACAUCACCCUUCUUGGAGGGGCGGUGGAACUUUGAGUGGUUUGGAUCGGGAAGUCCAGGCUUGUUUGCUGCAAGGUUUAUAUUUGAAAACUUUCCUUCAAGUUUGGCUAAUUUGUCAAAAAUGGAUGUUGUUAUUAAGGAUGGAAAUGCAAAGAUUACUGCAAACAUGACAUUAUUAAACUCGAUUGAUAGUAAAUUCAUUCUCUCAACCAAGUUAUCUGUGGAGGGGCCACUUAGAAUGAAAGAGGAGUAUGUUGAAGGGGGUUUUGUGUCGCCAACAAUUAUUGAAGAGAGAGUACCAGAACAGCUUAAAGGUGCACUUGGGCAGGCAGCUAAUGCUUUCCAACAACUUCCUGCCCCAAUACGUGAUCCUGUUGCCAGUGGGCUGAAAGUUCCUCUAAGUGGCAGCUUUCAAAGACUCUUCAUGAUUUCUUAUCUGGAUGAGGAGAUACUUAUAAUAAGGAACACGGCUGGGAUUCCUGAAGUUUUAACGAGGUUGGAUGCAGCACCAUCUUCCUUCGGAGAUUCCAGUCCAGAGUAUGAAAGCUAG